AUGAGGGGCUUGAUAUUAGCCCUGGUUUUAACCCUGGUGGGAAGCCAGCAACUUAAUUACCAACCCGAUUUCAGUGAAAACAAGGUUUAUACGUUUGAUUAUGAAAGCAUGGUUCUCAGCGGACUGCCGGAGAAAGGACUUGCAAGAGCUGGAAUAAGAAUAAAAAGCAAAGUGGAAAUUAGUGGUAUUGGGCCAAAACUUUGUCUGAUUAGGAUUCACUCAAUCGAGGCAGCAGAGUACAACGGCGUCUGGCCUGCGAGCUCGUUCUCUCGAUCGCUCAAACUGACCCAGGUACUAACUGGGCAACUCAGUAACCCCAUCAAGUUUGAGUACAGCGGUGGCCACGUUGGAAACCUUAUGGCUCCUGAUUCGGUCUCGGAUGAUGGACUGAACAUCUACAGAGGCGUUCUGAAUGUGCUGGAGCUGAGCCUAAAGAAGAUGCAGCACUCGUACAGCUUGCAGGAGGCCGGACUUGGGGGCAUUUGCAACACAACGUAUGCAAUUCAGGAAAACAAGAGAGCAAGCCUGGUCUACGUGACCAAAUCCAAGGACCUGAACAGCUGCGAAGAGAAAGUUCAGAUGGUCACAGGUUCAGCGUACACGCGGCCGUGCCAGCCCUGCCAGCAGAGAAACAAGAAUUCCCGGGCAACUGCUACUUAUGAUUACAAAAUUAAAUACACGCGUAACGAAGCUGUGAUCACACAAGCUGAUGUUGAGGAAAUCCACCAGUUUGCACCAUUCAACGAGAUAACGGGAGGAAAUGCUGUAGUAGAAGUGAGGCAGAAACUUUCUUUGACUGACGUGCAGAAGCAGACGGCAGAGGUCCCACCAAAAGAAUUCCAGAGCCGUGGGUCACUUCGGUACCAGUUUGGCAGUGAAUUGCUCCAGCUUCCUGUGCACUUAUUCAGAAUAAAAAAUGUGGAGAGUCAGAUAGAGGAAAGCCUGCAAGACCUGGUAGAGACCACGUCUGAACAGCUUCCCAGCGACGCACCGGCAAAAGCCCUCAAGCUUGUGCACCUCUUCCGUGCAGCCAACGAGGAGAACUACGAGUCGGUGUGGAAGCAGUUCUCCAGCCGACCAGCGUACAGGCGCUUCUUUUUGGAUAUAGUUUCUGCAGUUGCCAGUCACCGAGCGCUCAGGUUCUUGAGGCAGAAAAUGGAAAGGCAAGAACUCACCAACUGGGAAGUGGCUCAGACGGUGCUGGUGGCUCUGCACUCAAGCCCACCGACGCGGGACGUGAUGGAGGAAGCAACGCUCAUUGUGAAAAAACAUUGCCCACGCUCCAGCACUGCCCUUGGAAAGGUUUGCCAUCUCAGCUACGCGUCCCUGUGCCACAAACAGUGCUCUUCAUCAGACUCCUGCUCUGAAUGUCUCCAGCUACUUCAUGGCUUUGCGGGAGAGGCACUGAGCAAGUCUGACACAGAAGAUAUUUCCUUGGCUUUGAAAGCCCUUGGGAAUGUCGGACACCCAGCCAGCAUCAAGCACAUCAAGAAAUUUUUGCCAGGAUACGCGGCUGGUGCCUCAGAUUUGCCACUCAAGGUCCACGCGACUGCUGUGAUGGCCCUGAAGAAUAUAGGCUUGAAAGACCCCAAGAUGGUCCAGGCUAUUACCCUUGAGAUUUUCCUGAAUUGCAAAAUUCAUCCUCGGGUCCGAAUGUUAGCUGCAGUGGUUUUGCUUGAAACCAAGCCAGGUCUUCCAAUAGUGAUGACGUUAGCUGAGGCUGUGCUGAAGGAAUCCAGCAUGCAAGUGGCAAGUUUCAUCUACUCGCACCUGAGGGCCCUGGGUAGAAGCACAGCUCCAGACCUCCAAGCGAUGGCUUCUGCCUGCAGAAUGGCUGUCCGAGCAUUAAGUUCCCAAUUUGACAGAUCUGGAUAUCAGUUCAGCAAGGUUUUCCGCUUCAGUAUGUUUAAAGAGUUCCUUAUGAGUGGGCUGGCAGCUAAAUAUUUGGUAUUGAAUAACGCGGGCAGCUUAAUUCCCGUGACGGCAAUGUCCCAGCUGCGGACACACUUCCUUGGAAGAGUGGCUGAUCCCUUGGAGGUGGGAGUAACGGUUGAAGGCCUGCAGGAGAUGUUUGCUAAAGGUUACUCUCCUGACAGGGACUGGGAGGCUGACUAUGACUUCAAGGACAUCCUGAAAACGCUCUCUGACUGGAAGGCAUUCUCCAGUGACAAACCUUUUGCAUCAGGCUACUUGAAGAUGUUUGGCCAAGAGUUGUUCUUCGGUGGACUUGACAAAAACGCCAUCCAAAGCGCAUUGCAGGCAUGGUAUGGGCCUGAUGAAAAAAUCCCUUCGAUAAGGAGAAUAAUCAGUAGCCUUCAAAGUGGUAUGGGGAGGCAGUGGACCAAGGCUUUCCUGGCCUCUGAGAUCCGUCGCAUCGUGCCCACCUGCAGUGGGUUCCCGAUGGAGACCAGCUUCUAUUACUCUUCUGUCACAAAAGUGGCAGGAAAUGUUCAGGCACAGAUUACACCUUCUCCCAAGUCUGAUUUCAGAUUGACGGACUUACUAAAUGCCAACAUUAGGCUGCGAUCCAAAAUGAGUCUAAGCAUAGCUAAGGAGAUGACCUUUGUAAUGGGGAUCAACACGCACAUGAUCCAGGCAGGGCUGGAAGCACACACCAAAACGAAUGCUCACGUACCUGUGAACGUUGUUGCCGCUGUCCGUAUGAAGGAAAAAGAUAUCAAAAUUGAAAUCCCACCAUGUAAAGAUGAGACUAACGUAAUUACUGUAAGGUCUAAGACAUUUGCUGUUACGCGAAAUAUCGGGGAUUUGGCCGCUAGUAAGAUGACUCCAGUUCUCCUACCCGAAGCAGUGCCUGAUAUAAUGAAGGCGUCCUUCGAUUCCGAUUCCGCAUCAGGCGAGACUGAUAACAUCAGGGACAGACAGCCUGCAGAAGAUGUUUCAUCGGGAAAUUCCUUUUCUGUUGGAAGCUCUCCUUCCCAAAAAGAGCCGUUUGUUCAGUCCAUGUGCUCCAAUGCAAGUACAUUCGGGGUGCAAGUGUGCGUGGAGAGGAAAAGCGUACACGCAGCAUUUAUCAAAAACGUGCCUCUCUAUUACCUGGUUGGGGAGCACGCCCUUCAAGUGAGCUUCAAGCCAGUUUACACAGAGGCACCUAUUGAAAAAAUACAAGUCACAAUUCAAGCAGGAGACCAAGCUCCUACAAAAAUGGUACGUUUAGUAACGUUUGAAGCUCCAGAGGCACAAGUAUCUUCUAGCAAAGAUGCAAUUAGAAGAGUGAAGAAAAUCCUUGAUGAUACCAAUGACCAGGGGACAAGAAAAUCCAGAAGCUCAUCAUCCAGUGCCAGCAGCGCCAGUGGAAGCGCCGAGAGUACAACGAGCAGCCCCUCCAGCAGCGACUCUGACAACAGAGAGGCCAGCAGCGCAGGCAGCAGCAGCGCAGGCAGCAGCAGCAGCAGCAGCCCACCUGGGGUGAAGGGUAAGGCUAAGCAGCAGUCCAAGGCCACCGCACUUCCACGUGCCAGCGCUGCUGAAGGAGAGCGAAGCGUCCGUGAGCAGCGGCGUAAAGCACGGAGCAGCCGCAGCAGCAGCAGCCGCAGCAGCAGCAGCAGCAGUGAAAGCACUGGUGCUUCCCGUCGCCACAGCCAGUACUACAGCCGAGCUGAGGCGAAAUCCGCCAGGUCCCAAUCUAACAGCAGUUACGGCAUCUCUACGAAAUGGGAAUAUCGCCUUCCAAAAGUAUACCAGCUCCGCUUCAGGCCUGCUCACGUCCACUGGCAUCCAGAUCAUAAGAUAUCAAGCAGCUCAUCAUCCUCCUCCUCUGAGUGGGGAAGCAGCCGCAGCAACAGCAGCAGCAGCAGGAGCAGCAGCAGGGGGACAUGCUGGCCACGGCUCCAGGAGGAGCAGAGGCACCAGCACCCACCACAGCCACGGUUCCAGCUGGACACGCGAGGUACGGCCAGCGGCACGGGGCGAACGAGCGGCUGGGUUCCCAGCCGUGCUGCGGUGGCACCCCAACCGGCUGAGGGGGUCAGGAUCAGGCAGUCUGCUGCAAGGCGAGGUAGUAAAUCGAAAGCCAACCGCAACUUCCUGGGAGACGUAAUUCCACCUGGCAUUGCGAUCGUGGCACAGGCAGUGAGGAGUGACAGCAGAAAUCAAGGUUAUCAAGCUACAGCAUAUGUUCGUUCUCAUGCUGCCAAAGUUGAUGUGCAACUAGUUGUGGUUCAGCUGGCUGAAACCGAUUGGAAAGCGUGUGCCGACGCUGUAAUACUGCCUCUGAAAGCACAGGCCAGACUGAGAUGGGGCAAGGAGUGCCGGGACUACAGGAUAGGGGCCGUGGCUACCACAGGCCAGCUGGCGAGGAAGCCGGCCGUGCAGCUGAAGGUGCAGUGGGGAAGUCUUCCGUCCUGGAUCAAAAAGACAAGCACGGCAUUCAUGCAGUACGUUCCUGGUGCCGCGCUCGUGUUGGGCUUCUCGGAAGCACAUCAGAGAAAUCCAUCUCACGAGUUCAUAGUAAGGGCAGCUGCAACAUCUCCACGAACAAUUGAUACAGUAAUUAAAGCUCCUGGGGUAACACUUUACUAUCAGGCUCUCCGAAUGCCAUUCACGCUGCCCUUAGGCCCAUCUCCAACUUACGAGACUCGAGAUAUCACUGCCUGGAAUAUAUUUCCUGAAAUAGCUUCUCAAAUAGCACAAGAAGAUCAAUCCACAUGUGAAGUCAGAGAGGGAGAUUUCAAAACGUUCGACCGCGUGAGCCACACAUAUUCUUUUAAUAAAAACUGCAACCUGAUAGUGGCCCAAGACUGUACUGAACACCCAAAAUUCAUCAUUGCUACAAGAAAGGUUGAUCCUCAGUCUUCAUCGAGAGUGGUGCACAUAAACACGACCUCAGCGAACAUCACAAUCUGUCCUCUUGCAAAUUCAUCUCUCCUUGUGGCAUGCAAUGAAGAACAAGUUCUGUCACACAGUGGAGAUUCUGAGUAUGAAAAAGACAAUGUUAAAAUUUAUAAAAACGGAGCAACGGUUAUCGUGGAAGUUCCAACACAUGGGCUGAAGAAGGUGACUUUCGAUGGCGUGACCCUUAAGGUUAUUGUUGCUUCAUGGAUGAGAGGAAGGACCUGUGGGGUUUGUGGAAAUAAUGACAGGGAAAAGCACAAUGAACUGCAGAUGCCAAACCGCAAGGUGGCCCACAGCUGUUCCGCUUUUGUUCAUUCAUGGGUCUUGCUAGAAGAAACCUGCUCUGGUGGGUGCAAGCUGCAGCGCGGUUAUGUGAAGCUGGAUCGAAACCCUACUAUUGAUGGAGAGGAAUCCACGUGCUACUCUGCUGACCCAGUACUGAAAUGCAUGCAGGACUGUACUCCCGUCGAGACAGCUCCCGUCAAGGUUGGCUUCCACUGCUUCCCAAAAGACGCUGCCGUAAGCCUGCUGGAAUGGCAGAGGAGCAGCGAUAAGAAAUCUGCAUCGGAGGAUGUUGUGGAGUCUGUGGAUGCCGACGUUGAUUGUACCUGCACUGGCGACUGUAGUUAA